AUGAGUAACAUAUCGUCAUCAAGUGUGGUAUAUUGGGCUCUGAAUAACUAUGGUGUAACUAUAUUUGAUAUCAUUGUAAAUAUUAUAGUUUUAACUAUAGCAUCAUGGAUUAUAACAUUAAAUGUUAUAGUAUUAAAAGUAUUACACGAUAAAAAUAAUAAAGAACCAUCUGAAUACUUUAUUAUUAAUUUAAGUGUGGCUGAUCUCCUAACUGGAGUUUACCUGGUUUAUAACACCCUUUAUAAUCUAGUCAACUUUCAGAAUUUGGUUGAAUGUUUGAUACGAUUUGGAUUAGGCAUGGGAUUUAGUAUGGUCUCCAUUUGGCAGCUUGUAGCGUUAUCAAUGGAUAGAUAUUUUAAGAUCAUUUACCCUUACAGAUAUGCUGAUAGAUGUAACAAAGUGUCUAUGAUAAUGGUCAGUGUGAUCACAUGGUUGUUAACAAUGAUGAUCGGUCUACUCCCAGCAUUUGGUUGGCAACAUCCACAACCUUCUCAAUAUACUUGUGGGUUCAUGAAGAUUUUGACUAUUGGUUACUUUCAACUGCUGUUAGUUGUGUAUUUAGGACCCUUCUUCGUGUUGUUAAUCAUAUAUUUACGGAUUUUUAAAGAAGCUCAUCGACAUGCUGUGGUCAUUAAUUCAACUGCACCUAAAGCCCAAACAAACAACACUAAUCAUUCUUUAAAAACUGUAUUCAUAGUGGUGGGAACAUAUAUCUUGUGUUGGGCUCCAAUGGGUAUAGUUGUUAUUCUACAUGUCGAGGACGCAUUAGAAGGAUAUACUUUGCUUGAAAAGGGUAAUCUCAUAGUAUAUGCAACGGCAUUUGCUUAUACCAAUAGUCUUUUGAAUCCUAUCAUAUACGCAAUUAAAAUACCAAGAAUUAGAAAUAGAUUCAGAGGUAUAUUUUGUCGACCUAGACGACAGUCAAGAGCACCAUCGAAUAGUGCACCAACAGACAUAAUAACUGUAACACCAAUAGACUAA